AUUAGUUGUUUGCCUCUCGAGAGAACAUUGUGCUUUCUACUGUGAAGUCGUUUAGUUUCGUUUAACGUCUACAAGUGUACAGUGAAAUUCCUGACAAUGGCAAGCCACGAGAAGACCGUUGGUUGCAAUAAUAUUAUUCCCAACUUCUUCGAUAAAGUUGAUUGGAAUAACAAGGAUGUUUACCAUGGUUUUGUCACCAAUGUGUACGAUCCCUCAAAAUUUUGGAUGAGGUUCGCUGAAGUAGGCCGACUCCAGGAUAUGCUCCGAGAGUUUUAUCAGGUGAAAAAAAACUCUUUUGCAUUGACUCCAGAUGUAAUCCACGUUAACAUGUAUUGCGCCGCAUUGGACCAAGAUGGAUUCCAUAGAGCAAAGGUGGUGAGGGUCGAUCUCCGAGAGCCCACCAAUUUUAUCGUGUUCUAUAUUGAUCAUGGAAUUAUAAAGAGACUGCAUUUUAAUAAGCUCUAUGGAUUACACGAGCAGUUUGGAGCAAUUCCUGCCUUAGCAGUCAGAUGUGUAUUGGCCAAUGUGGCUCCCGUAGAUAAUGAAAAUUGGAGCAGCGAGGCAGUUAGGAGAUUUUCAUCAAUUACUGGAGGAGAAAAGCAGCUAGGAGUUCGAAUUAGUAAUAUGACACCUGAAAGGAAAGUGUUGGAGGUGUAUUUGGUGGAUCCGUCCGUUGAAAGAGGUGGAAGAACUCCAACGGUGAACCAUCACCUAAUCUCCCAAAAUUUAGCCAAAAAUAUCUGGCAUCUAUCAAAUCAACCUCCUGCUGGUAGAGUGUACACACCAUUAAUGAAGUACAUGUACCUCUACCCAAUACAUGAGGCCAUUGAAAAUGGAACUGCACCGUCAACCUGGCAGUUGACUGAAAAUUUAAAGGAGUGUGUGGCUUGGGAUGUGCUUUUCCCAGAAUUAUUCAAAUAUACCCCUCCUAAGUAAAGCCAUUUUAUCGUUGAAUUUUUACAUAAGUAUUUGUUAUUGUUAUCUUAAUUUUUUGCUAAUUUAUUUGUAAAUAUUCCUUCUAUAGAAUCUUCUUGUUUAAUUAUAUUU